CCAAGACCUCAGAGAUGAUGCACCUGUAUAUGAUCCUCUGUGGAGUAUUUCAUCUGUCAGCUGUGAUCCACUCGGCAACAGUCAAACAAGACACUGGUGUUGUAUCAGCCAGUGUUGGGGACAAUGUGACUUUACGUUGCUUCUAUGACAGCCAAGUGGCCAUGCACUUCUCCUGGUAUCGACAGACCUUAGGAGGCAGACCUGAACUCAUGUCUACUAUUUACAAGUACGAUCAACCAUCCAAAGUCUUCCACUGGUUGGAGAAGAACCCUCGUUUCUCUGUGCACAGGGAGCAAGGGAUGAAUCAUUUACACAUCGCUGACAUUCACCUCUCCGAUUCAGCUACUUAUUUCUGUGGAAGCUCACACUCCAACAUGUUGGAAUUUGGAGAGGGGGUCUUUCUAAGUGUCGAAGAAUCCAGACUCCAGGAAAUUAUCCAAGGGCCAGCAUCUGAGACCAUCCAGCCAGGAGGCUCUGUGACUUUCAACUGUACAGUGAACACGGGGACCUGUGAUAGAGAACGCAGUGUUUACUGGUUCAGGCAUGGAUCUCGUCAUGGAAUCAUUCACACACACGGGGAUCAGUGUACACGUGUCUCCACACCAGGGGUUCCUUCACAGGGCUGUGUGUACCACUUGCAGAGGACGAACCUGAGCGCCUCUGAUGGUGGGACCUACUACUGUGCUGUGGCCUCCUGUGGGGAGAUACUGUUUGGUAAUGGAAGCAAGCUGCUCAUUACAGAUGAUGAGGACCAAAAACUAAGAAUAUUAGUUUGGCUCUCCAUCAUUAGAGCUGGGAUUCUCUUCUUCUUUCUAGCCGUUUGUCUCUUGAUGUACAUCACUAAAAGAAAGUGAAGUCCUUAACACUCAGUUUAACUCUCUUUGUUUAAAAUAUUAUCUCAUCUUAAUACUUCUGUUACAGUUCAAAAGUAUCAUACAAGUGAAAUGCCACUGGUAGAUACAGAUGAUUUA